ACGGAGGGAGUAUCUCGAAUGAAUUCGAGUUUCUAAGGGUUGUCAACUUGUCAUUGGUAGGACUACACCAAGACUGAACAAGGUUGUUUUGCCCUUUUUAAGAACAACCUGAACAAGUUUUUUUUUUUGAAACAGUACUGAUCAGACCGGGUGAUAUCGAAGCUUAACAGAACCCAAGGUUUUCGAGUCUUGUGCUAAAGACAGUUACACUGUCGUUAGAAGAAAUUCUCCUGCAGUUAAUGGCACUGUCUAACCUUGUACGAAGGUUUCAAAGAACCCAAACACAACUCUUUCUCUCCUACAUCCUAGCCCCAUUAACUCAGAAUGUUUCGUCUUCAGUCACCCCCUCAAACCCCUGUUUCAUUCAGACAUUUCAUCGAACAGGUAUACUGCAUUCUCGUUAUUUUACUAGAACUCUUUAUUCUAGUACACACCGAGGAAUGAACAGUGUCAGUGUUUACGAAGUAGCCGAUUUUACUCACACUGUCAAUGAGGACCGUGCAUGUCAUCAGGAUAAUGUUCUUAAGUUGUCUAAUUUACUAAAGAAAUUUAGUGGGUUCCCUUCUGAAGAAGAAGAAGCCAUGGCAUUGCUCGAUGAUUCGGGUGUCGAGGCUGAUGAGAGUUUGGUUUAUUUAAUGAUUUGGGAAUGUAGACAGGAGUGGAAGAUAUCGAUAUUGCUGUUUAAAUGGGGUGAGAAAUGGAAUUGCAAUGGUGGGAGGAAUUGGAUCUUGAUUAUAUGGGUAUUGGGUAAUCAUAAAAAGUUUAACAUUGCAUGGUGUCUGAUCCGCGACAUGCAUCGGUCUUCAUUGGAUACCAGAAAAGCAAUGCUGAUCAUGAUUGACAGAUAUGCAGCUGCAAAUGAGCCAGUCAAGGCCAUAGAAGCAUUUAACUUCAUGGAAAAGUUUCGGAUGACUCCCGACAAGGAAGCAUUUAAUACGCUUUUGUAUUAUCUUUGUAAAAAUGGGAAUGUUGAAGAGGCUGAAGAGUUUAUGCUCGUGAAUAAGAAACUCUUUCCACUGGAGGUUGAAGGCUUCAACAUAAUUCUGAAUGGUUGGUGUAAUAUAUCCCUUGAUGUUUAUGAAGCAAAGCGAGUUUGGAGAGAAAUGUCUAAAUGCUGCAUACUGCCCAAUGAAACUUCUUACACUUGCAUGAUUUCCUGCUUUUCAAAGGUGGGAAAUCUCUUUGAUUCACUCAGGCUGUAUGAUGAGAUGAAGAAAAGGGAUUGGGUUCCAGGGGUUGAGGUAUAUAAUUCUUUAAUAUACGUAUUGACUCGAGAGAAUUGCUUAAAUGAAGCUUAUAAAGUUGUGGUUAAAAUGAAGGAGCUGGGUCUGCAGCCUGAUUCCACAACUUACAACUCAAUGAUAUGUCCUCUAUGUGAAGUAACAAAGCUGGACGAAGCAAGAGCGGUAUUGGCUAAUAUGGUCGCAGAGAAGGUAAGCCCGUCCAUCGAAACCUACCAUGCGUUUCUUGAUGGCACCAGUUUAGAAGGAACUCUCGAAGUUCUUAAUCAUAUGAGCAAAGCUUGUCUUGGUCCAACAAGUGCAACCUUCCUCAUAAUUAUUGCCAAGUUCUUCAAAAAGGAACAGCCAGAUUUUGCAUUAAAGAUUUGGAUGGAAAUGAAGCAGUAUAAGGUAGUACCUGAUUCUACACAUUACAGCAUAUUGAUAGAAGGCUUGGCAAGGUUCGGGCUUUUAGGCAAAGCUAGGGAGUUCUAUUCUGAAAUGAUGAUUAAUGGAAUCAAAGACGAUCCCAAACUCAAGAAUCUCCUGAAACUACCAGGACAUGGUAGUAGUCACCAAGUGGGAAAGAGGCGACUGAAAAGUGCAAGACCCGUCAAAAAACCUAGCCAGGUGGGUCAUAGAAGAUCGAGUAAGCAGUCAAGAAAGAAGGAAAACUACACAAAAGAUUAAUUUACUCGAAACCCGAAACCUGUCUGCAGCAAUCUCUGGUCUAUACUUACUCGAGAGUCGAGAUACGACACGCUAAACAAAAGAUAUAUAAAAUGAUAAGAACAAUGUACUUGCAGCAAGGUGCAAGUUUGUAUAUUUCCAAGCAGGUUGAUUUGGGUACAGCGGCCUGGUGCUUAAAUCUGACUUCAGCUGCUGAUGAGAGUUUGGCCAAUUGCAACUUGGGUCUGAGGUGUCAAUUUUGCUAAGGCGUUUAUGGACAUCGUGAAAUCUCGGAAGACAAUUUUAAGCCGUGGUAGCGAAGAGCUAACAUGCUUAACACCUGAUCCCCCAGCUCUAUCUCAGUUCUGGUUUCCAGAAAUGUUGAUCGAAGUGGUUUAUUUUGAUUAUGCAGAAUCAGAAUGUAAGUUUCUAAAAAGGUGUUGUGCCUUAAUUCUCGACUUAUUAAGUUUAAGAUUUAUAAUCACAGAUCAAAGACUGGUUAGAAGAAUAAAGGAAGCGUUUAGUAAUGCAUCAGGGUUGAAGGUUUUGAGGGAGGGACUCUUAAUUCCGCACUUGCUGGUUAUUUUUGUUUACUUUAGCAUUGUGUUUUGAGAAAAAUGCAAUUUGGGUAUAGAGGCAAGAUCAAAUGAGAAUUGUACAACCAACAUGGGCAAGUUGUGAUUCAGUUCCUGAAUGUAAUUAGGCACAUGAAAUGCUACUAUAUAUGUGAAAAUGAAGCUGUUUAAACAUAGAAACCAGAUUUUCCUAUGGAACUGUGGAUAUAAUCAAAGAUUGCAUUACAUUGUCAAUUUAAGAAACAGACACACCAGUUUACCAAUGCAUUGCAUUACACUGUGUCCUUUCAAAAGUAUCCGAUCUGUAGUUUUUUGUAUGACACAUCUUCAUUCUCAACAUAUACAAUUAUUUCAAUAAUGUUUUAUGUUAUUUUAUUUGAUAGAAGUGGCAAAUAAUUAUCAGUUUCAUUUAAAAUAACAAUCACAUUGCAUACUCUGUAAUUAUGUCCAUCAGCUCAAAAUAACUCAAGAAAUUAAGCUCACAAGUUUAUGUAUUUUCACAAAUCCUGUUUCACAUAAAAUAUGAAAUUCUACAAAUUGUCAGAUAAGGUAUCUUCAUGCAUACCCUAACUAUCAUGUAAGAAGACAACAAAACACAAACAAAACAUUUUAUAAUUCCAUAUAUAAUUGUAUAUAAUGCAGUUCCAAGAGCACUGUUCUAAACUACAUUUACACACAAUAAUAUUUAAUAAAAUAA